GGGAAACUGGCCCUUUUGGUAGUCCACUGGAAUAUGCACUCAUUGGUGACUGACCAAAAUAGAAAUAUAUCAUGACUUCGAAGCUUUGUUCGUCCGCAAAUUCGUCCGCUUUUCGUCCGUCCGACCGUGUCACAUGACCAUGAUCUCAGGUGAGUCGAGGAUGUUGGGGUAUGUUAUAGUAUCGACUAUAGUGGAGUUGAGAGGAGCUCGAGAGAUGAACCGUCUCGAUGGGUUUGGUGUGGGGUGUAUAAAGCUGGGCCAUAGCCCCAGCCAAUAUCAGAUCUCAAACCUCUGCUGGAGUAUCAAAGCCCCAUAAAAGACAUUCAAAAUUCACACACCCAAGCCCUCUUGCUCGACCAACACCACCAAGAUGAGUUUCUUACUCACGAAAGACAAGCCUGACAGUCUUCUCAAGUACCAUCGAAUCCUCAGUCCAUCCUGCUCGGUCAAGGUGUCGCCGUUAUGUUUGGGUUCAAUGAACUUUGGAGAGAUCUGGAAAGGGCAUCUCGGCGAGUGCAGCAAAGAGACCACAUUCGCAAUCCUUGACCAUUUCUAUGCCAAAGGCGGAAACUUCAUCGACACAGCAAAUGUGUAUAUGGCAGGAGAGAGCGAACAAUGGAUUGGAGAAUGGAUGCAUCUACGUGGCCUGAGGGAUCGGAUGGUUAUUGCCACAAAAUACACCAGCUCAACUAGGUUCAUGGCCAUGGAGCCAGACGGUGGAAUUUUGUCCAACUUCGGAGGUAGCAACAAGAAGAGCUUGCGAAUCUCACUCGAGAAAAGCUUGCAAAGCUUGCAGACCGAUUAUGUCGAUGUCCUCUACGUCCACGCAUGGGAGGGUAUCUCCUCCAUCCCCGAGAUCAUGCGUGCUCUUGACGAUGUUGUCCGAGCUGGCAAGGUACUCUACCUCGGAGUCUCCAACUGGCCUGCUUGGAUCGUGGUCAAAGCCAACGAGUACGCUCGCCAACAUGGCCUUACGCCUUUCGUGGUCUACGAAGGACGCUGGAAUGCAGCACAUCGUGAGAUUGAGCGUGAUAUCCUGCCCAUGUGCAAGGCAGAGGGUAUGGGCAUCACAGUCUGGAGUCCGUUAGGAUCCGGGAAGUUCAGAAUUGACUCGAAGGAGGAGCCAGGUAGGAAAUGGGGUGGCGAUCCCGGGCAAGCUUCGCUGGAAGAUUUCCACAAGUUUGCAGUGGUUAUGGACAAGAUUGGGAAGAAGAAGGGUACCGAUGCUAUGGGAGUCGCUCUGAGAUACGUCAUGCUCAAAGCCCCAUAUGUCUUUCCAAUCAUCGGAGGACGAAAGACCGAGCACCUGCAGCGGAACAUUGACGCCCUUAGUAUUGAUUUGUCGGACGAAGAGAUCCUAGAGAUUGAGGGAGCUGUCCCUUUCGACUUCGGAUAUCCGCACUCUCUCAUUUCUGGAAAUCCAUACAAGACGAUUUCAAGUGGCGACCCGUGCUACUUCAUUCAAGCAUGUUGCUACUUUGAGGGAGUUGAGGACCCAAAGGCUAUCCACCCUCAGCAGUAG